ACAGUACAGUAACAAAUGUGAAAAUUGUCGCACGUGGAAUAUUAGAAAAUUUGGUGAUACAAUUGAUGUCGGACGUAUUUUCGAUACUACUUUUUAAACUGUCCAGCCAUAAACAUUUCAAAAGAAAAAAUUGAAAUUUGUGUUUUAAAAUAAUUCGCUUUGUAAACUCGACCGGUGCAAGCUCUUGGACGCUGCGGCAUGGCGUUCUCUACGCAGAAAGAAUUUUUCCAUGUGCCGUUUAUGAACGAGACGCUUGAGUUUGAUUGCCAGGACGCUUGUGUUAAGUUAAAAAGCUAUCCAUCUACAUUCGAUGAUCGCUCGUGGUCAGCCGAUGAGGACAAAAAGUCACGUUUUGUGUCCGAUCUGGUAGCUUGCAAUACACCGUUAAUUUUGCGCCAAGAUGACGGGAGUGGUGGCCCCGGCGGUGGCGCACCUGGUGGCAGAGCGGGUUAUGGGCCUGGCGGCAGAGCUGCCAGUGGACCUGGAGGCAGAGGUCGCACCGGACCUGAUUAUGAUGGACCAACUGGCGGCAAAGCGGGAAAGCCUGGUCAGAGAGGGCAGGACUAUGGUAGAGCACCUACGGGUAAGCGUGGACAGGGGCCCGGGGGCUACGGAGAUCCAGGACAGCAAGGACCAGGUGGUCGGGGUGGUCCGGGUGAAGGCCAAGGCCCAGGUGGACGAAGCAAAGGGGGUCCUGGACAGGCAAGCCAGGGCCCGGGAGGCCGGGGAGGAGGUCCAGGACAGGGCCCAGGUCGUUAUGGUGGUCCCGGAGCAGAUGGGCAGGGUCCAGGUGGAUGGGGUGGUGGUGGUCCCGGCCAGGGACGACAGGCUGGUCGACGUGGUUCUAGCGUUCCUGGACAGGGUGGUGAUCGGGACGGUUACGGAGGACCGGAAGGGGCAGGUCCAGGUCAGGGUCCAGGUGGUCGAGGUGUCGCUGGACCAGGUCAGGCUGGAUAUGGAGGUCCGGGGCAGGGAGGCCAAGGGCCUGGCGGUCGGGGCGGAACUGGGCAGGGCCCGAAUGAAUAUGGUGUUCCGGGACAACAGAGACAGGGGCAAGGAGGUCCAGGACAAGGAGGUCGAGGCGGGCCUGGCCCAGACCAGGGACAGGGCCAGGGACCAGGGGGUCGAGGUGGACCUGGGCCAGGGCAAGAGGGCCAAGGGCCAGGCGGACGUGGGGGACCUGGACCAGGUCAGGUCGGAUAUGGAGCUCCAGGACCAGGACAGGCUGGCUAUGGUGGUCCGGGUCAACAAGGCCAGGGGCCAGGAGGUCCUGGUCAACAGGGACAGGGGCCAGGUAGUCCGGGUCAACAGGGCCAGGGGCCAAGGGGUCCGGGCCAACAGGGAGAAGGGCCAGGACAGGCCGGCUAUGGCGGACAGGGUCAGGGGCCAGGUGGUCCGGGCCAGGGACCAGGCGGUCGAGGAGCAGCUGGGCCAGGAUCAGAUGGCCAGGGACCAGGAGGUCGUGGUGGAGCUGGGCCGGACCAGGCCGGUUAUGGUGGUCCGGGUCAAGACGGCCAGGGGCCAGGUGGUCGAGGAGCAGCUAGGCCAGGACAAGAAGGCCAGGGACCAGGCGGUCGGGGACCUGCUCCAGGUCAGGCCAGCUAUGGAGGCCCGGGUCAGCAAGGCGAAGGGUCAGGUGGUCCGGGCCAAAGGCCAGGUGGUCCGGGUCAACAAGGCCAAGGGCCAGGUGGUCCGGGUCAACAAGGUCAAGGGCCAGGUGGUCCGGGUCAACAAGGCCAAGGGCCAGGUGGUCCGGGUCAACAAGGCCAAGGGCCAGGCGGUCGAGGCGGAGCUGGGCCCGGCCAAGCAGGUUAUGGAGGUCCGGGUCAACAGGGCCAAGGAGGUACAGAUCAACAGGGCCAGGGCCCUGGAGGUCGAGGUGGAGCUGGCCCUGGUCAGCCUGGCUAUGGACAGGACGGUCAGGGUCCAGGCGGUCGGGGAGGUCCUGCUACAGGCCAGGCCGGUUAUGGUGGUCCGGGUCAACAGGGCCAGGGGCCAGGUGGUCCGGGUCAACAGGGCCAGGGGCCAGGUGGUGCGGGUCAACCGGAUCAGGGCCCAGGAGGUCGAGGCGGAGCUGGCCCAGGUCAGCCUACCUAUGGACAAGACGGUCAGGGUCCAGGCGGUCGGGGAGCUCCUGCUACAGGUCAGGCUGGAUAUGGUGGACCGGGACAACAGGGCCAAGGGCCAGGUGGUCCGGGUCAACAGGGCCAAGGUCCGGGUGGUUCGGGUCAACAGGGUCAAGGGCCAGGUGGUCCGGGCCAACAGGGCCAAGGGCCAGGUGGUCCGGGUCAACAGGGCCAGGGCCCAGGAGGUCGAGGCGGACCUGCUCCUGGCCAGGCCGGCUAUGGAGGUCCUGGACAGGCAGGCCAAGGGCCAGGAGGUCCAGGUCAACAGGGCCAAGGGCCAGGUGAUCGAGGCGUAGCUGGGCCAGCCCAAUCCGGAUAUGGAGGUCCAGGACAACAGGGACAAGGUCGAGGUGGACCUGGUCAACAAGGCCAGGGCCCAGGUGGUCAGGGUCAGGGGCCAGGAGGUCCUGGUCAACAAGGCCAAGGUGCAGGUGGUCGAGGUGGACCUGGGCCAGGCCAGGCCGGCUAUGGAAGUCCUGGUCAACAGGGACAGGGGCCAGGUGGUCAAGGUGGAGCUGGGCCGGGCCAGGCCGGCUAUGGAGGUCCUGGUCAACAGGGACAGGGGCCAGGUGGUCAAGGUGGAGCUGGGCCGGGCCAGGCCGCUUAUGGAGGUCCAGGACAAGGACAGGGGCCUGGAGGUGCAGGUCAACAAGGCCAGGGUCCAGGUGGUCGUGGAGGACCUGGGCCAGGGCAGGCCGGCUAUGGAGCUCCUGGACAACAAAGCCAGGGGCCAGGAGGUCCUGGUCAACAAGGCCAGGGGCCAGGUGAUCGAGGCGUAGCUGGGCCAGCCCAAGCCGGUUAUGGAGGUCCAGGGCAAGAGGCACAGGAUCGAGGCGGACCCGGGCCAGGUCAGACUGGCUAUGGAGGUCCGGGUCAACAAGGCCAGGGCCCAGGUGGUCAGGGUCAAGGGCCAGGAGGUCCGGGUCAACAAGGCCAGGGGCCAGGCGCACGAGGUGGGCCUGCACCAGGCCAGGCCGGCUUGGCAGGACCAGGACAAGAGGGACCGGGGCGAGGAGGACCCGGACCAGGCCAGGCCGGCUAUGGAGGACCGGGUCAACAAGGCCAGGGGCCAGGUGGUCGCGGUGGACCUGUUCCAGGUCAGCCUGGAUAUGGAGCUCCAGGACAAGAUCAGGGGCCAGGAGGACGAGGUGGUCCUGGUCCAGGUCAAGCUGGAUAUGGAGGUCCAGGACAAGAGGGUCAGGUUCGUGGAGGACCCGGGCCAGGUCAGGCUGGCUAUGGAGGUCCGGGUCAACAAGGCCAAGGCCCAGGUGGUCAGGGUCAGGGGCCAGGAGGUCCGGGUCAACAAGGCCAGGGGCCAGGCGCUCGAGGUGGGCCUGCACCAGGCCAGGCCGGCUUGGCAGGACCAGGACAAGAGGGACCAGGGCGAGGAGGACCCGGACCAGGCCAGGCCGGCUAUGGAGGACCGGGUCAACAAGGCCAGGGGCCAGGUGGUCGAGGGGGACCUGGUCAACAGGGCCAGGGGCCGGGAGGUCAAGGACCUAUGGCGGGCCAAGCCGGAUAUGGCGGUCCGGGACAAGAAGGCCAGGGGCCAGGAGGUCGUGGUGGACCUGGUCCAGGUCAGGCCGGAUAUGGUCCAGGACAAGAAGCACAGGGUCGAGGAGGACCUGGGCCAGGCCAGGCUGGCUAUGGAGGUCCGGGUCAACAAGGCCAAGGCCCAGGUGGUCAGGGUCAGGGGCCAGGAGGUCCGGGUCAACAAGGCCUGGGGCCAGGCGCUCGAGGUGGACCUGGGCCAGGCCAGGCCGGCUUGGCAGGUCCAGGACAAGAGGGACCAGGGCGAGGAGGACCCGGACCAGGCCAGGCCGGCUAUGGAGGACCGGGUCAACAAGGCCAGGGGCCAGGUGGUCGAGGGGGACCUGGACCUGGUCAACAGGGCCAGGGGCCGGGAGGUCAAGGACCUAUGGCGGGCCAAGCAGGAUAUGGCGGUCCGGGACAAGAAGGCCAGGGGCCAGGAGGUCGUGGUGGACCUGGUCCAGGUCAGGCCGGAUAUGGUCCAGGACAAGAAGCACAGGGUCGAGGCGGACCUGGGCCAGGCCAGGCUGGCUAUGGAGGUCCGGGUCAACAAGGCCAAGGCCCAGGUGGUCAGGGUCAGGGGCCAGGAGGUCCGGGUCAACAAGGCCAGGGGCCAGGCGCUCGAGGUGGGCCUGCACCAGGCCAGGCCGGCUUGGCAGGACCAGGACAAGAGGGACCAGGGCGAGGAGGACCCGGACCAGGACAGGCUGGCUAUGGAGGACCGGGUCAACAAGGCCAGGGGCCAGGAGGUCGAGGAGGACCUGGACCUGGUCAACAGGGCCAGGGGCCGGGUGGUCAAGGACCUAUGGCGGGCCAAGCAGGAUAUGGUGGUCCGGGACAAGAAGGCCAGGGGCCAGGAGGUCGUGGUGGACCUGGUCCAGGUCAGGCCGGAUAUGGUCCAGGACAAGAAGCACAGGGUCGAGGCGGACCUGGGCCAGGCCAGGCUGGCUAUGGAGGUCCGGGUCAACAAGGCCAAGGCCCAGGUGGUCAGGGUCAGGGGCCAGGAGGUCCGGGUCAACAAGGCCAGGGGCCAGGCGCUCGAGGUGGGCCUGCACCAGGCCAGGCCGGCUUGGCAGGACCAGGACAAGAGGGACCAGGGCGAGGAGGACCCGGACCAGGACAGGCUGGCUAUGGAGGUCCGGGUCAACAAGGCCAGGGGCCAGGCGCUCGAGGCGCACCUGUUCCUGGACAAGCCGGAUAUGGAGGUCCGGGACAAGAGGGUCAGGGUCCAGGCGGUCGAGGCGGGCCCGUUCCAGGCCAGGCCGGUUAUGUUGGUCCCGGAAAAGAGGGUCAGGGUCCUGCCGGUAGAGGUCAAGAAGGGCAAGAGCCAGGCCCAGGUGGUCGAGGAGAACCUAUGCCAGGACAAGCCGGAUAUGGAGGUGCUGGAAAAGAAGCCCAGGGUCCAGGAGGUCGAGGCGGGCCUGGGCCAGGACAAGCCGGAUAUGGUGGUCCAGGUCAAGAGGGUCAGGGUCCAGGCGGUCGAGCCGGACCAAUGCCAGGACAAGCUGGAUAUGGAGGUCCUGGAAGAGAAGGCCAGGGUCCAGGAGGUCGAGGCGGACCUGGGCCAGGACAAGUCGGAUAUGGUGCUCCAGGACAAGAGGGUCAGGGUCCAGGCGGUCGAGGCGGACCUGCUCCUGGACAAACCGGAUAUGGAGGUCCGGGACAAGAGGGCCAGGGUCCAGGCGGUCGAGGCGGGCCCGUUCCAGGCCAGGCCGGUUAUGUUGCUCCCGGAAAAGAGGCCCAGGGUCCUGUCGGUAGAGGUGGUGGUCCAGCCCAAGAAGGGCAAGGGGCAGGACCAGGUGGUCGAGGAGAACCUAUGCCAGGACAAGCCGGAUAUGGAGGUCCUGGAAAAGAAGGCCAGGGUCCAGGAGGUCGAGGCGGGCCUGGGCCAGGACAAGCCGGAUAUGGUGCUCCAGGACAAGAAGGUCAGGGUCCAGGUGGUCGAGCCGGACCAAUGCCAGGACAAGCCGGAUAUAGUGGUCCUGGAAGGGAGGGCCAGGCUCCAGGUGGUCGAGGGGGACCUGGACCAGGACAAGUCGGUUACGGAGGUCCGGGACAAGAGGGCCAGGGUCCAGGCGGUCGAGGCGGACCUGGUCCUGGACAAGCCGGAUAUGGAGGUCCCGGUCAAGAGGGUCAGGGUCCAGGCGGUCGAGGCGGACCUGGUCCUGGACAAGCUGGAUAUGGAGGUCCCGGACAAGAGGGUCAGGGUUUAGGCGGUCGAGGCGGACCUGGUCCUGGACAAGUCGGAUAUGGAGGUCCGGGACAAGAGGGCCAGAGUCCAGGCGGUCGAGGCGGACCUGGUCCUGGACAAGCCGGAUAUGGAGGUCCCGGACAAGAGGGUCAGGGUCCAGGUGGUCGAGCCGGACCAAUGCCAGGACAAGCCGGAUAUGGUGGUCCUGGAAGGGAGGGGCAGGCUCCAGGUGGUCGAGGGGGACCUGGACCAGGACAAGUCGGUUAUGGAGGUCCGGGACAAGAGGGCCAGGGUCCAGGCGGUCGAGGCGGACCUGGUCCUGGACAAGCCGGAUAUGGAGGUCCCGGACAAGAGGGUCAGGGUCCAGGUGGUCGAGGGGGACCUGGACCAGGACAAGUCGGUUAUGGAGGUCCGGGACAAGAAGGCCAGGGUCCAGGCGGUCGAGGCGGACCUGGGCCAGGACAGGCGGGUUAUGUUGGUCCUGGAAAAGAGGGCCAGGGUCCAGGCGGUCGAGGUGGUGGUCCAGGCCAAGAAGGGCAAGGGCCAGGGACAGGGCCAGGUGGUCGAGGAGAACCUAUGCCAGGGCAAGCCGGAUAUGGAGGUCCUGGAAAAGAAGGCCAGGGUCCAGGAGGUCGAGGCGGACCUGGGCCAGGUCAAGCCGGAUAUGGUGGUCCAGGACAAGAGGGUCAGGGUCCAGGCGGUCGAGCCGGGCCAAUGCCAGGACAAGCCGGAUAUGGUGGUCCUGGAAGGGAGGGCCAGGCGCCAGGUGGUCGAGGCGGACCUGGACCAGGACAAGUCGGUUAUGGAGGUCCGGGACAAGAGGGCCAGGGUCCAGGCGGUCGAGGCGGACCUGGCCCAGGACAAGCCGGAUAUGGUGGUCUAGGGCAAGAGGGUCAGGGUCCAGGCGGUCGAGCCGGGCCAAUGCCAGGACAAGCCGGUUAUGGUGGUCCCGGAAAAGAGGGCCAGGCUCAAGGUGGUCGAGGCGGACCUGGACCAGGACAAGCCGGCUAUGGAGGUCCGGGACAAGAAGGCCAGGGUCCAGGCGGUCGAGGCGGACUUGGGCCAGGACAGGCGGGUUAUGUUGGUCCCGGAAAAGAGGGCCAGGGUUCAGGCGGUCGAGGUGGUGGUCCAGGCCAAGAAGGGCAAGGGCCAUGGACAGGGCAAGGUGGUCGAGGAGAACCUAUGCCAGGACAAGCCGGAUAUGGAGGUCCUGGAAAAGAAGGCCAAGGUCCAGGUGGUCGAGGCGGACCUGGACCAGGACAAGCCGGAUAUGGUCCGGGACAAGAAGGUCAGGGUCCAGGCGGUCGAGGCGGACCUGGGCCAGGACAAGCCGGGUAUGGAGGUCCGGGACAAGAGGGUCAGGGUCCAGGAGGUCGAGCCGGACCAAUGCCAGGACAAGCCGGAUAUGGUGGUCCUGGAAGGGAGGGUCAGGCUCCAGGUGGACGAGGUGGGCCUGGACCAGGUCAAGCCGGAUAUGGAGGUCCGGGGCAGGAGGGCCAGGCUGCAGGUGGGCGAGGCGGACCCAGUCCAGGACAGACGGGAUAUAUUGGUCCCGGAAAAGAGGGCCAGGGUCCAGGCGGUCGAGGUGGUGGUCCCGGCCAAGAAGGGCAAGGGCCAGGGACAGGGCCAGGUGGUCGAGGAGAACCUAUGCCAGGACAAGCUGGAUAUGGAGGUCCUGGAAGAGAAGGGCAAGGUCCAGCAGGUCGGGGCGGACUUGGACCAGGACAAGCCGGAUAUGGUGGCCCGGGACAAGAAGGCCAGGGUCCAGGCGGUCGAGGCGGGCCUGGGCCAGGACAAGCCGGAUAUGGUGCUCCGGGGCAAGAGGGCCAGGGUCCAGGUGGUCGAGGCGGACCAGGGCCAGGGCAAGCCGGAUAUGGAGGUCCUGGACAAGGGCAAGGGCCUGGCGGUAGAGGCGGACUUGGCCCGGGUCAGGCCGGGUAUGUUGGUCCAGGACAAGAGGGCCAGGGUCCAGGUGGUCGAGGCGGACCAGGGCCAGGACAAGCCGGAUAUGGAGGUCCAGGCAGGGAGGGUCAGGCUCCAGGUGGACGAGGUGGACCUGGACCAGGACAAGCCGGAUAUGGAGGUCUGGGACAAGAGGGUCAGGGUCCAGGUGGUCGAGGCGGACCAGGGCCAGGACAAGCCGGAUUUGCAGGUCCGGGACAAGAGGGCCAGGGUCCAGGCGGUCGAGGCGGGCCCGUUCCAGGCCAGGCCGGUUAUGUUGGUCCCGGAAAAGAGGGCCAGGGUCCUGCCGGUAGAGGUCAAGAAGGGCAAGGGCCAGGACCAGGUGGUCGAGGAGAACCUAUGCCAGGACAAGCCGGAUAUGGAGGUCCUGGAAAAGAAGGCCUGGGUCCAGGAGGUCGAGGUGGACCUGGGCCAGGACAAGCCGGAUAUGGUGCUCCAGGACAAGAGGGCCAGGGUCCAGGUAGUCGAGGCGGACCGGGGCCAGGACAAGCCGGAUAUGGAGGUCCAGGACAAGGUCAAGGGCCAGGUGGUAGAGGCGGACUUGGCCCGGGUCAGGCCGGGUAUGUUGGUCCCGGAAAAGAGGGCCAGGGUCCUGGUCAGGCCGGCUUUGGAGGUCCAGGACAAGAAGGGCAGGGACCAGGUGGUAGACGCGGACCUGGACCAGGACAAGCUGGAUAUGGUGCCCCAGGACAAGAGGGCCAGGGUCCAGGUGGUCGAGGCGGACCAGGGCCAGGACAAGCCGGAUAUGGAGGUCCAGGGCAAGAGGGCCCGGGUCAGGCCGGGUAUGUUGGUCCCGGAAAAGAGGGCCAGGGUCCAGGUCGAGGUGGACCUGGGCCUGGUCAGGCCGGCUAUGGUGGUCCAGGACAAGGGCAGUGGCUAGGCGAUAGAGGCGGGCCUAUGCCAGGACAAGCUGGCUAUGGAGGUCUUGGUAAAGAAGGCCAGGGACCAGGCGGUCGAGGCGGACCCGUGCCAGGACAAGCUGGAUAUGGAGGUCCGGGACAAGAGGGCCAGGGUCCAGGCGGUCGAGGCGGACCUGGGCCAGGCCAAACCGGAUAUGGAGGUCCUGGACAAGGGCAAGGGCCUGGUGGUAGAGGCGGACUUGGCCCGGGUCAGGCAGGGUAUGUUGGUCCCGGAAGAGAGGGCCAGGGUCCAGGUCAGGCCGGCUUUGGAGGUACAGGACAAGAAGGGCAGGGACCAGGUGGUAGACGCGGACCUGCGCCAGGACAAGCCGGAUAUGGAGGUCCAGGGCAAGAGGGCCAGGGUCCAGGCGGACGAGGUGGACCUGGGCCAGGACAAGCCGGAUAUGGAGGUCCGGGACCAGAAGGUCAAGGACCAGGCGGUAGAGGCGGACUUGGCCCGGGUCAGGCCGGGUAUGUUGGUCCCGGAAAAGAGGGCCAGGGUCCAGGUCGAGGUGGACCUGUUCCAGGUCAGGCCGGAUAUGGUGCUCCAGGACAAGAAGGGCAAGGGCCAGGCGGUAGAGGCGGACCCAUGCCAGGACAACCUGGCUAUGGAGGUCCUGGGCAAGAGGGCCAGGGUCCUGGUGGUCGAGGCGGACCUGGCCCAGGCCAGGCCGGCUAUGCUGGUCCAGGACAAGAGGGCCAGGGUCCAGGUCGAGGUGGACCAGGGCCAGGUCAGGCUGGAUAUGGCGGUCCAGGACAAGAAGGGCAGUGGCCAGGUGGAAGAGGCGGACCCAUGCCAGGACAGCCCGGCUAUGGAGGUCCAGGAAGAGAAGGCCAGGGCCGAGGCGGACCUUUGCCAGGUCAAGCCGGAUAUGGAGGUCCUGGGCAAGAGGGCCAGGGUCCAGGCGGUCGAGGCGGACCUGGGCCAGGCCAGGCCGGGUAUAUUGGUCCCGGAAAGGAGGGCCAGGGUCCAGGUCGAGGUGGACCUGGGCCAGGUCAGGCUGGAUUUGGCGGUCCAGGACAAGAAGGGCAGUGGCCAGGUGGUAGAGGCGGACCCAUGCCAGGACAACUCGGCUAUGGAGGUCCUGGAAAAGAAGGCCAGGGCCGUGGCGGACCUUUGCCAGGUCAAGCCGGAUAUGGAGGUCUUGGGCAAGAGGGCCAGGGUCCUGGUGGUCGAGGCGGACCUGGGCCAGGCCAAGCCGGCUAUGCUGGUCCAGGACAAGAGGGCCAGGGUCCAGGUCGAGGUGGACCUGGGCCAGGUCAGGCUGGAUAUGGCGGUCCAGGACAAGAAGGGCAGUGGCCAGGUGGUAGAGGCGGACCCAUGCCAGGACAACUUGGCUAUGGAGGUCCUGGAAAAGAAGGCCAGGGCAGAGGCGGACCUUUGCCAGGUCAAGCCGGAUAUGGAGGUCUUGGGCAAGAGGGCCAGGGUCCUGGUGGUCGAGGCGGACCUGGCCCAGGCCAAGCCGGCUAUGCUGGUCCAGGACAAGAGGGCCAGGGUCCAGGUCGAGGUGGACCUGGGCCAGGUCAGGCUGGAUAUGGUGGUCCAGGACAAGGGCAGUGGCCAGGUGGAAGAGGCGGCCCUAUGCCAGGACAAGCCGGUGAUGGAAGUCUUGGAAAAGAAGCUCAGGGUCCUGGUGCUCGAAGCGGACCUGGUCCAGGUCAGGCCGGCUAUGGUGGUCCAGGACCAGGGCUAGGGCCAGGAGGCCGAGGUGGGCCUAUGCCAGGACAAGUCGGAUAUGGAGGUCCUGGACAAGAAGGCCAGGGUCCUGGUCGUCGAGGCGGACCUGGGCCAGGUCAGGCCGGCUAUGGUGGUCCAGGACAAGAAGGGCAGUGGCCAGGCGAUAGAGGCGGGCCUAUGCCAGGACAAGCUGGCUAUGGAGGUCUUGGUAAAGAAGGCCAGGGUCCAGGAGACCGAGGCGGACCUAUGCCAGGACAAGGUGUAUAUGGUGGUCCAGGACAGGAGGGCCAGGGUCCGGGCGGCCGAGGCGGACUUGUUCCAGGCCAGGCCGGUUAUGUUGGUCCCGGAAAAGAGGGCCAGGGCCCAGGUCGAGGUGGAACUGGGCCAGGCCAGGCCGGUUAUGGGGGUCCAGGACAAGGACAGUGGCCAGGGGAUAGAGGCGGGCCUAUGCCUGGACAACCCGGCUAUGGAGAAUUUGGAAAAGGUCAGGGCCCAGGAGGCCGAGGCGGACCUACGCCAGGACAAGCCGGAUAUGGAGGUCCAGGACAGGAGGGACAGGGGCCUGGUGGUCGAAGGCCUGGUCAGGCCGGCUAUGGUGGUCCAGGACAAGAAGGGCAGGGUCCAGGUGGUCGAGGCGGACCUGGUACAGGACGAGCUGGCUAUGGAGGUCCAGGACAAGAAACAAUGGGUCCCGGCGGUCGAGGUGGAGUUGGACAAGGUCAGGCCGGAUAUGGAGGGCCGGGGCAAGGGCCAGAAGGUCGCGGUGGGGCUGGUCCGGGGCAAGGGCCAGAAGGAAUUGGACCGGGCCAGGCCGGCUAUGGAGGUCCUGGAGCAGGUCAGGCCGGCUAUGGAGGUCCUGGAGCAGGUCAGGCCGGCUAUGGAGGACCAGGAGAAGAAGGAAUGCGUCCCGGAGGUCGCGCUGGCGCUGGACCAGGUCAAGCUGGAUAUGGCGGUCCAGGACAAGGGAUAGGUCCAGGCGGUCGAGAUGGAGCUGGGCCUGGCCAAGCCGGUUAUGGAGGUCCAGGACAAGAAGGAAUGGGUCCAGGUGGACGCGGCGGAGUUGGGCCAGGUCAGGCCGGAUAUAGAGGGCCGGGGCAAGGGCCAGAAGGAAUUGGACCAGGUCAGGCCGGCUAUGGAGGUCCUGGACCAGGUCAGGCCGGCUAUGGAGGUCCUGGACCAGGUCAGGCCGGCUAUGGAGGUCCUGGACCAGGUCAGGCUGGAUAUGGAGGGCCAGGAGAAGGUAUGGGUCUCGGAGGUCGCGUUGGCGCUGGACCAGGGCAGGCCGGAUAUGGCGGUCCGGGUCAGCAGGGUCAAGGACCAGGCGGCAUUGGUGUUACUGACAUAUCUGGACAAGACAGCGGUCGUGGAAGCUAUCCAGGUAGUGGUCGUGACGGUUACGGUGGUCCCGAUGGACAAGGAGGGCCUGGAGGUUUUGGUGGUCCCGGUGGACAGGGCCCUGGAGAUUUUGGUGGAUCCGGUAGACGGGGUCCUGGAGGUCCUGGAGGUCCUGGAGGUUCUGGAGGUUCUGGAGGUCCUGGAGGUCCUGGAGGUCCUGGAGGUCCUGGAGGUCCUGGAGGUCCUGGAGGUCCUGGAGGUCCUGGAGGUCCUGGAGGUCGUAGAGGUCGUGGAGGUCCUGAAGCACGCUCUGGUGGAAAACUUGUGGUGGGUGACAGCCUUAUCAACGCUGCGGACGACACCAUUGAAAACAUGAAGAAGGUAAUGAUUGACAACAAAUUACUCGACAAAGAUCUGGCCGAGACCCGAGAUCGCGUGGGCGGCACUAAAACAGGAAAUGCUGAACUCCAACGUAUAAUGGAACAGCGCUACGACCCCGAAAUGAGCAAGGUGUUUGAGAAUAAAAUUCAAGACCUAUCAGACGCUAGAAAGAUCGAUAACAACGAUGAGAGGGAUCUCAGACACAUCCAUAAAUCCGUCGAUGAUAUGAAUAAAUCUCAUGAUAUUCUCGAAUCGGAAAAUGCAAACCUUAGACGACUUCUGGAAAAGCAGUCCAGGCGAUGUUCGAUGGACAGCAUUAGGAUUGAUCCAGAAAAAAGCAACGAUGUCAAUUAUUUACAAAAUAAGAUCGACAAUAUGGGUAAGGAGUUGGCAAUACUGCGUCAAGCUGAGGACGAAUUUAUAAGAGCGGGGGGAGCCACGGAAGGCGGUUAUGGAGGUCUUGGUGGACCAGACAUGGAUGUUGACACACUUCAAACCAUGUUGGCUGAGCGUGAAUCACUACGCGCAAAGAUUAAAAACCUAGGUUCGCUCCAUAAUAAGGUUAAAGGUUCGAAGAAGAAGGUGUGCCUAGCAGAAUGUGCCUCUGCUGAUCUAGUCAAAAGUCUUAAUGAACAAAAUCAGUAUAUUUGUGACAUGGAGAAUGACAUUCAGGAAAUGCAGCAAUACUAUGAAACUGAGGUGGAGCAGUCCAAGUACAAUGAAGAAGUCCUUAAGUGCCGCUGCAAUGAGCUUCAACAACAAGUGGUGACCCUCCAGCCGGCGCUGCAGCGCGCGGACCUUAUGCAAAUGGAAAUCGAUGUUUUACGCAAUGAGCUGCGAAAACGUGACUUGGCUUUGAAUGCCUACGAUUGCCAGUACCAGCAGCUUAUGACCGUCAUCUGUGAGCUCAAUCAAAAGUACGGAAAUCAGCGUGGUGACUGUCCCUCAUUUGAUUUACCAGACUGUCCCGAUGUAGGCGAUGAUUUAGCCUUUUACACGAGCGCCACUUUGGAACUUAUCAUGGACGAAAUGAGCAAACAGGCUGAUUGCUUUAAGCAUAUGAACGAGGAUAAGUAUUCCGGCGGUCAGAAUAUCAACAAUUUAGAAGACUGCAUGAAUGAGCUGGAUCGACUGCGUAAUUUGUUAAAUGAAAAGGACGGCCAGUUGGGCGAUUUGAUUGAGGAGAAUGAGUGCAUGUGCGAAGCUGCUCUGCAAAGCAACAAGCGACUUAACCAAUUGGAUAAAAAGGUUCGUCAACUUGAUAAUGACACAAAGUAUAUGGAGGAAGGUAUGCGCGAGAGCAUUGGAUUAAUACAGGACAUUGGUGAUGUUGCCAGGGAAAACGAUAGGUUGAAGGAUAAAGUUAACAACUUGAAAGAAGCUGAACUUCAAGCUCUGACUGAUGAUUUGAAGAAACAGCUUGAGGAUUGCAUGAAGAGUAAACAACUUUGCGAAGAAAUAAAUAAAAGGUAUAGAGAAGCAUUGCAGGACCUUGGAGGGGAUCCUGACGCUAUUGAAAAAGAAGCUAAACAAAAAAUGGAGGAACAAUGGAAGGCCGAAGCAGCUGAGAAAGCGGCCGAAGAAGCUGAAAAAGCAGCCGAAGCUAAAAAAGCUGCCGAAGAAGUGAAAAAAGAAGCCGAAGAUGCUAAAUUUAAAGAAGAAGCAAAAUUGUACGAAAAAGUUAUGACACCGACAGGAAUAGUGGAAAGAUUGAUUGAGAAACCGGAAGGGGUGGCCAGACAGAUACCAGCUGAAAGACCAGAAGAAUCUGGAGCUAAGCCUGGUGCUGGUGAUACAGCAGAGAUUCAACCUAGUGCCAUGCCCACAGAUACAGCAGCUGAUCAACCAGGUGCGGGGCCACAGGAUAGAAUAGUCAGUCAACCAGGUGCAGAGCCACAGGAUAAAACAAGCGCGCAACCAGGUGCAAAGCCUCAAGAUACAGCCGCCGCCCAACCGGGUGGUAAGCCUCAAGAUACAGACGCCGCCCAACCGGGUGGUAAGCCUCAAGAUACAGCAGCUGCUCAACCGGGUGCUAAGCCACAAGAUACAGCAGCUGCUCAACCGGGUGUUAAGCCACAAGAUACAGCCGCCGCUCAACCGGGUGCUAAGCCUCAAGAUACAGCCGCCGCCCAACCGGGUGCUAAGCCUCAAGAUACAGCCGCCGCCCAACCGAGUGCUAAGCCACAAGAUACAGCCACCGCCCAACCGGGUGCUAAGCCACAAGAUACAGCCGCCGCCCAACCGGGUGCUAAGCCACAAGAUACAGCCGCCGCCCAACCGGGUGCUAAGCCACAAGAUGCGGCAGCUGCUCAACCGGGUGCUAAGCCUCAAGAUGCGGCAGCUGCUCAACCGGGUGCUAAGCCUCAAGAUGCGGCAGCCGCUCAACCGGGAGCUAAGCCUCAAGAUGCGGCAGCCGCUCAACAGGGAGCUAAGCCUCAAGAUACAGCCGCCGCUCAGCCGGGAGCUAAGCCUCAAGAUACAGCAGUCGCUCAGCCGGGUGCUAAGCCUCAAGAUACAGCAGGCGCUCAGCCGGGAGCUAAGCCUCAAGAUACAGCAGCCGCUCAGCCGGGUGCUAAGCCGCAAGAUACGGCAGCUAGUAAGCCAGGUGCAAAGCCUCAAGAUACGGCAGCUGCUCAACCGGGUGCAAAACCUCAAGAUACGGCAGCUGCUCAACCGGGUGCAAAACCUCAAGAUACGGCAGCUGCUCAACCGGGUGCAAAGCCCCAAGAUACGGCAGCUAGUAAACCCGGUGCAAAGCCCCAAGAUACAACAGCUGGUCAACCUGGUGCGAAGCCCCAAGAUACAGCAGGUGGUCAACCCGGUGCAAAGCCCCAAGAUACAGCAGGUGGUCAACCCGGUGCAAAGCCCCAAGAUACAGGUGGUAAACCUGGUGCUAAACCUGGAGCUCCUCAGGUCGAAAAAACUGGAGGAACCGGACAGACCGGCGGGAAACCUGCACAACCUUCUGACGCCUCUGGCGAUAAAGCUGGAGCACCUGGACCAGCCGGAAAACCUGCAGAUAAACCUCCAGCAGCCGGCAAACCUGGAGAUAAGCUAGUCGACAAGUCAGGAGCAGCUGCUCAACCUGCUGCUGCUUCUGCCGACAAGGCCGAAGCAGCUGGGAAAGCUGGACCUAAACCUGGCGAUAAGCCCGGAAGAGCCGCACAGCCGGCUAGUGCCGAUGAAGAUAAGGCUGGACAGAUUGAUGCUGGGCCUGGAGAUAAGGCUGGAGUAGCCGGACAACCUGAUGCUGGACCUGGAGAUAAACCCGGUGGAGCGGCUGGACAACCUAGCGAUAAGCCCGGAAGAGCCGGCGGCCCAGCUGGUCAACCUAGUGAUAAGCCCGGAAGAGCCGGCGGCCCAGCUGGUCAACCAGGAGCAACAGCUGGUGAUAAGGCCGGUGCCAAGACUGGCGAAGGAGCGGGUAGGCAACCAGGCGCUAGAGUCGGAGGAGGACCCGGAGCAGCAGAAAAAACUGGUACAAGGCCUGGGGACGCAGGCGGCGGCCAACCUGCCGCUAAGGCCGGUGCUGCUGGAGGGGGAACACGGCAGGAACCCAAAGGUCUUGCCCAAAAGCCUGGCUUGCGCGCACCAGGCAGAGAUAUAUACGGUGACGAUGGUGAUGACGGAACAGGUGUGAAACGCGGAGCAAAAGGUACUGGGCGCGGCAGAAAAAGUCAAAAACUAGAUGACACCACUGAAGAGCAGUUCGAUGAGUUUGUAAAGAAUACUGUAAAAACAUUAUCCGCCGGCGAGAUUGAUGGUGUUGGUUUGGAAAGGGAGUUGCGCAAGAUUUUGGAUAUGUUUAUCGAUGAGUGCGGAUUCUGUUUCUGCAAGUGCAACAUUCCGAAGAGCCGCUUCUAUGCUAUAUGUCACAAGCUCUACCAUCAUGGGCUGCACACCCUAGAGUUCAAAGAUUUGGCUUACAUGCAUAAGCGUAUCUUUGCUGCGGCAGAAAACAUUCUGCCUGGAUGUCUUUUCAAUAUGAUUAUGAAAGAUAUACUGGCCACUAAUCCACAGAGCCUAACACAGACGACCCCUUCAACUAACGUACCCGAAAAACAGUGUUGCACGUGCAAGAGCUCACUCUGUUGCGAUGACACUGAGGAAAAACUUAUGAUAAAGGUAAUGCGCCUUGAAAACGAUAUUGAGAAUGCCAAAUUAUGCUUGAAGAAUUUGAAAAAUAUUCCAUCGAAUCUCUCCAUACAUGAUUAUCGUAUUGAGGCUGGCGAUUGUCCGGCAAAGGACCGCGUCCUACGUUCUACGCGUGGGGGAAACUCCAUUACCAUUUACAAAGAAAUUAAGCAGGCCCGACGUGCUAAGAAGGGAUUUACUGCAAACAAUUAAAUAUUGCUUUUUAUUUUUGUGUUUUUCGUGUUGGGUUGGAUUCAAGUAAUACGUCCGAUUAACGUUUCUGAUAUUGUGAUCCAGCCAUAUAAAAUUCAUUGUGAAUUUAAAUAUUAAAUUAUUAAUUGUUAAA